AUGAGUAAAGUGCAUAGUGAAGAAAGUUCUUCAAAUCUAAUGGCUGACAAUCAAUCAGGAACAAAGAUGAAGAUAUCAUGGAAGAAUCUCCACUAUACUGUCAAAGCUAAGUACAACAAAGCACAGAUGGAAGAUCUUAAGACUGAAGAGAAAUACUAUGACAAAGAAAUUUUGAAGCCCCAGAGAGGCUACAUCAAGUCAGGUGAAACCUGUUUCAUCAUGGGUUCUUCUGGAGCCGGCAAGACCACUCUGCUCAAUGUGCUUUGUGACCGAAUCACCCAGAACGCCAAGUGCAAACUCGAAGGAGACAUCUUGCUGAACGACUCGUACCCGGUGACGCAGAAGGACUUCGGAAAGUAUGGAGCCUACGUGAUGCAGGACGAUGUGCUAUUCCCAACACUCACUUGAGAAGAAGUCAUUACUUUCUCGGCAAGGCUCAAGCUUAAUAUUUCUGGCAAUGAUCUGAAAUGCAGAGUUGAUAAGAUUAUUGACAGCCUUGGGCUUUUGAAAUGUAGGAAAACAAAGAUUGGAAAUCAACAACUUAAAGGACUUAGUGGUGGUGAAAGAAAGAGAACCGCUAUUGGAGUUGAGAUGAUCACUGAUCCCCAAGUUCUUUUCCUUGAUGAACCAACUUCUGGAUUAGAUAGCUUCACAGCUAAUAAGAUCGUAAGACUCCUGGUAGAUCAGUCUCGUCAAGGCAGAACUAUCAUUGCAACCAUACAUCAGCCAAGUUCCAGCACUUUUGCUCUAUUCGAUAGACUCAUUCUGUUAAUGGAUGGCCAUUUGAUCUACCAAGGCAAAGCUGAUCAGGCAGCCAACUAUUUCCAAGGACUGGGCUUCAAGAUUCCGACGUAUGCAAACCCAGCAGACUUCUUCCUGAAGGAGUUCUACGUACCAUUCAGGAAGAAGAGAGAAGACUUAGAGAAAUUAGAUAAAUUGAUCCAAGGAUAUGAUCAAAACAUGAAACUAUCAGUCGAAAAUGAAGAUAAAGAUUCAAACAAUUAUGAAGUAAUUACUUCAGAGAAGCUCAAGCAUAAUGCUAGCCAUUCAGGAUUCUGCCGAGAGUUUCUUGAGAUUGUUAAAAGAACUGUCAAGAAUAUAUAAUCAGAAGUCCUUUGAUGACAAGGAUGAGAACUAUUCAGACUAUAGUCCUAGGAAUUCUCUGCAUCCUUGUAUUUUGGGAUAUGGAUGAAGAUAUAACAGGAGCUAACGGAAAAGCAGGAUUCAUCUUCUUUGUUGGCAUAAACCAAACCAUGGCAGGACUUAUGGGUGUUCUUCUUGUGUUCAUAAUUGAAAGACCAGUAUUCCUUAGAGAAUAUGCGAGUAAGACAUAUGGGCUGACCUCUUACUUUGUUGCGAAAUCAAUAGUUGAGGCUCCUUUUCAAGUCAUAUUUCCAAUAUUGACUUCUCUAAUCGUCUAUUUUGCGGUUGGGCUUACAAUAGACUUUGAAAAGUUCUUGAUCUUUACACUUGUGCUUGUUGUUCUCGUAUUCUGUUCAACUUCAGUUGGAUUCUUCAUUGGAUGCCUUUUCGAUAACCCUUCGAAAGCCACUCCUGCCUCGAUGAUAAUGAUGUUACCUUAUAUGAUUUUUGGAGGUUAUUUUGUUAACCUCAAAGAUGUGUAUGUGUGGCUCAGAUGGAUUCAGUACAUUUCUCCACUAAGAUACUCAACAGAAGCGUUGCUGAGAAACGAAUUUGAAGAUAACUCAGAUUACUCAGCUGAUCUUCAGAAAAUUUAUGAGAGAUAUGACUAUGACAUUGGCUUAUGGCCAUGCAUUGCUAUAGUUUUCUUGCUCUCUGUACUCUUCAGAGUUGGAGCCCUAAUUGUUCUCAAACUAACAAUUUCAAAAGUACAGUAA